AGGAAAAGGCAGAGAAGAGAAGCAGACGGAAGGACAGAUGCAGAGGAAAAAAGACGUUUUUUUAAAUUAAUUUCGGACAAAGAGAAGCUCACUUUCCCUGCCAGUUAUCAUCACCAGGACGCCCUCAAAGAGUCAGGAAUGAAAAAGGAGAAAAUGGCAGGUGGAAUGUCGCCGUAAAGAAGCAUGUUGAUGGACAAAGUCAGCAUAGAAGAUUCCUUGGAUUAUUUUUCAUCUCCACAUAUGAAAACUUGAUGACUUUCCCAAACUACUGGAUUGUUCUUCUCACAGUGGAUUCGACCAGAACCUUAUCUCUGAAAAAACACUAUUAAUAAAGUGUUUCGCGAGAACACAAUAAAAAUAAAAAUGACUUUAUUUGUCAGAAUAAUCAACGAGUGCAGCCCAAACAGGAUCUAGGAGGACAACAAGCUACUGUAUUUCCUUUCCCCGCUCCUGAUCUCCUCACCAACAUCACCGCUUGGACUGGAGGAUCUUCACAACCUACGCCAGUGGGAGGUGACUGUCAGAAGAAAUGCAGGUCCUCGGUGCCUUAGUACAUCACCACCAGGACCAUGGCAGUUCAUUGGCCAAUGAGAAAAAAGGGGUGCUUCCAUGGACCCGCCUUUCCUGCUAGAUGGUGGGAAUCCUCCUUGAUGCUUCGAUGCUUGCCAUGGAUCUUCUUUUGGUUGCUAUGGCCAAUCCGAGCUGAGCAAGUGGCCAUCGGGGGACACGUGGCUAAAUCUCUCCAUGGUUCCCUGUCGUCCUCCUCGUCAUCUUCCUCGUCAUCGUCCUCCUCUCCCUCCAGCUCAUCAGCAUUGGGAUUCAGCACAAGGCACAGUGGAGGGCAGCUGGAUUGGCUGUUGUCAGAAAAGGGACCUUUCCACAGAUGCUCUGAGUACACAGAGUUCCGAGAGAGGUUCCAGCAGGGAUUUUCUACCAGAUACAAAAUUUACAGGGAAUUCAGCCACUGGAAGGUGAACAGCCUUGCGACAGAGAAGAGAGACUUCUUCAAAGCGUCGUUGCCCUUAGCACCAGAGUUCCUACGCAACCUGCGGUUACUGGGGCGACGGCCGACCUCACAGCUAAUCAACGAAAACCUCAUCAAGAAGUAUGGGACUCACUUUCUUGCAUCUGCUACACUGGGAGGGGAGGAGUCUUUGACCAUUUUCUUGGACAAACAAAAGCUGAAUAAGAAGUCAGAAGGCAGCAACAACAGCACCGUGGUGUCUCUGGAGCUGCUACAUCAGUUAGCCGCAUCAUACUUCACAGAUCGAGAAAGCACCCUAAGGAGACUGCACCAUCUCCAGAUCGCCACUUCAGCUAUUAAGGUAACAGAAACAAGGACGGGCCCUCUCGGCUGCAGUAACUACGACAGCUUGGACUCAGUGAGCUCAGUGUUGGUGCACAGUCCUGAAAAUAAGAUCCACUUAAAAGGCUUGCAGGAUGUCCUGCCAGAGUUUCUUCGUGGGCGCUUUGUGGAGGCGGCCCUCAGCUACGUGGCGUGCAACUCAGAGGGCGAGUUGCUGUGCCGCAACAAUGACUGCUGGUGCCGAUGCUCCCCUCGCUUCCCGGACUGCAACUGUCCCUUUGCAGAUAUCAAGGUCAUGGAGGAGAACCUGGAGAAAAGUAAAGAAGCCUGGAACGCUUUCAACCAAGACUUCAUCGAAUCAGAUGAAUUCAAAGCCUUCCUGAAGCGCUUACCCACCGACCAAUUCUUGAAUGUGUCCAUGGUAGCCAAGUACUGGUCUGCUGACGUCUCCCUCCAGAAGCGCUACGCCCAGCUCGAGUCCAGCGUAGCUUUGGUCCAGGGCAAAGCUCAGAAGAUCAUCAGGAAGUUGUUCACCCUCAGCAAACGAUGUCCAAAACAACCUCGUUUCAGUCUGCCUCGAGAAAGGCCGGUUGCCUUUUGGUUGAGUCAGGCUCAGUCACUGCUCUACUGCAACGACCACGGAGUCCUGGGAAUCUUCUCUGAAGAAGUCAAGACCUGCAGCUGCCCAGUGGAUCAGCCCACUUGUCAGGGUGUCAUCCCGUGUGUUGUGGGCACCUCCUCUACAUCUUGUUCUGCUUGUGCCACUGACAACGCUACCCGCUGUGGAUCCUGUCACCAUGGCAACCUCCUACACCUUGGUUCCUGUCGACCUAGUAUUGCCUCAUCCCUAGACCACUAUCUGAACUUUGAUCAGGACAUGCCGGAUUCUGAGGUGAAGUACCUGCUUCAGCAGUUGGACAGUCGAAUAGAGGUCCAUGCCAUCUACAUCAGCAAUGAUGUACGUCUUGGAAGCUGGUUCAAUCCUGCCUGGAGAAAAAGGAUGUUGCUUACGCUCAAAAGUAAUAAAAAUAAAUCCAAUCUCAUCCACAUGCUGAUGGGCAUUUCUUUCCAGAUAUGCUUAACAAAGAAUUCAACACUGGAACCUGUGCCUGCAAUUUAUGUGAACCCCUUUGGAGGAAGUCACUCGGAGAGUUGGUUCAUGCCAGUGAACCAGCCUGACUUCCCCAACUGGGAGAGAACUCGAUUGGAAUCUGUGGUGGCUGCACAAUGUUACAACUGGACAUUGUCACUGGGGAACCAGUGGAAGUCCUUUUUUGAAACGGUUCACAUCUACCUUCGAAGCCGUAUCGUCACAGAUGAUCCAACUGUGAAUGAAACGCUCUUCUACGAACCUUUAGAUAUGGAGGAUCAAACAUCAAACCUGGGAUAUAUGAAGAUCAACACACUGAAAGUGUUUGGAUACAGCAUGCACUUCGACCCUGAGGGCAUUAAGGAUCUAAUACUCCAGUUGGACUACCCGUAUACACAGGGUACCCAAGAAGCUGCCUUCUUGAUGUUGUUGGAGAUGAGGGAUCGGAUCAAUAGGUUAGCGCCACCAGCACCUCAGUCGCUCGACCUGUUUUCUUGUCUACUGCGACAUCGACUCAAGUUGUCAGCUGGUGAGGUGGCACGCAUUAAGGAUGCUCUCCAGAUCUUUAACUCCAAGCUACCCAAUGCUUCCCCAGAACCUGAGCUGGCUCAGCUGUGCAGCUAGCUAGCUUUGAGCUCAAGACGGGUUCAUGCAUUUUGGGAUUUAUGGAUUUGGGGAAAUCUACGACUAAACAAUAGAACUUAUCUGGAUCUCACUUGGUCUACUGACAAUGCCUCAUGGGUGGUUUUCCCGAAUUGUUUGUAUCAUGAGGAUUAUCACUACGGGAAGCUGAAAGCUUGGAUUCCAGAUCUUUAGGAGAACACAGGGCUCGGUUGCCAUGCUCUACUGAACUCACCUGGAAGCUUACUUUUGCUAUAACUGCCUUGCUUUUGGCAAACUCAAUGACAGCAGGGGGACUCGUGGAAAAUACCUAAGGGCCUCUGACUUGCAAAGAGAAAUGUGAUUUUGAUAUGUCGGGAGGAACUCUUUAGGGAUCAACACAAAUGUAAUGUCUAAUGGAGUAAGAUCACCCUUUUAUAACCCUAUUUUUUUGUUUGUUUCAUGCAGAGUUUAAAGGGAGAGUGAAUAAAGUUCUGUGUGCAUUGAGGAUGUCAUGUUAUGCUUAGCAGUUUAAAGUUUGUUAAUCCUGAACCCUGUUAUUGUCAUUAGCCGUUUUUCCCCACCAGAAACCUUUAUUAUUACCAAGAACCUUUUCACCCAGGCAAAAAUAAUGGAUGAUACGUUGUGUGGUUAGCGCUUCCACUGCAACUCAAAGUUCAGGGUCAUUUAUUCAAAUCAGCCUUAUGACCUCUAGGGAGUGGUAUAUUUCUACACUGAUGCAAUGGAAAUAAAGGAUGAAGGUCAUGUGAGUCCAUUUCAGCUGUAAAUAACAAUACAUAAAGGUAACUGUCAGUGUUAUGAUUACGGUGACGACACGCCCACAUCCCGUUGAUUAAGGUUUAGCAUCAGCCUGUUGAUCGCUUAGCAUUAGGUUCACACACUGCAACUUCAACUUGUUUUUUUUUUUUUUUUUUUAGAAAUAUAUACACCUACCCACAUUUAGAUCCACCAGAAUGUCAGCUAUUCUUCUACAGAUGUUUUGAUUAUCCAACCGAAUCAAAGUCCUGCUGAAUAUUUCCUCUACAAAGACCAAUUCAAAGUCCAAUUCUUCAAUAGCUUUCAUUCUUUGGUUCUAUAUUCCGGAAUAUAUGGAAAAAACUUGUAAAAAUGAAACAAGUCUCCUGUCACACGACUCUAAAAAUGGCAUAUUUGGUGUGUUUCACCAAUUGGCCUUUUUCAGCAUACUUACGUUCUUGGGCUUCUGAAAAGACUCACCCCAAGACAAAAGUUGUUGGGUUUUUUUUUUUUUUAGCCGGGUAAUGUCGGUGGAAAAGUACUUUCAAAAUGCAAGUCACUGAGUUCCUUUGGUCAAAAAUGAGCUAUUGUACAUUUUUUUAGAUUUUUUUUUCUUACUUUUGACUUGUAUGUAUGCGGAAAAUCUGAGAAGCCUGUGCGUGAUGCUGUGUACUUGAUGGCGUGUCUUUACCAAAAAAAAAAAAAAACCUACAAAAAAAAUGCAUUGGCAAUACAAAUACUCCCAAUAGCUUAAAUGUUAAUUUAAUUUUUUUUUUAUUUCUCUUGAGGUGAAAAACCAAAAAAAAAAUUAAAGAAUUCUGAGUUGGUGACAAAAAAGGUUUACAGGUAUAGUGCUGUAAAUAAUGCUCCAUCGAACCUAAAGUGUGGAUAUGUGCACAUUGCUUUUUAGAUAACCAAGUGCAAACCCCUCUAACCCCCUGAAAGACAAUGAAUAAAAAUGUCCAAAAAGUUUAUAACAACUCAUGCCUUAUAUGGAGUCAGUGUUGUAAGAAGCACAUUUAGUUUUUGGUGUUUGAUUUCCUGGCAGGUGAUGUAUUGCUUUUAAUAUUGACAUUUUUCUACACUGUCACAUAUAAAUACUGGUCACAUUGCACCUUUGGUGAUGUCAAACUUUUUUCAGUCAUGUCCUCUUUCAGCAAGGCUCCAAUGAGAGAUGAUGGCGACCCCUGAGAGAACACGUUUGAUGGUACUGGAGGUUUAAUUUCCCCUCAGUAGGACGGGGCCGGUGUUCUCGACAGAUUGAAAAUUCUCAUUCUUAUUCAAGGUUUCUGCAGGACAUUUUUUUUUUGGUAAUUCUGAGAGCUUCCAUUGAACAUCCAGAGAUUGCACCGCAAAUUGAUUUUUAAUUUAUUUCAUUCUAUUAGUAUUUCAGAAAAAAAAUGCUUUGUUUGUCAUUUUCAGCUGUCAAUCUGUUUUCAGCUUGCUUAAGUAAAAAUCAAAAGUGGCACAUCUGUUUGAGAUCUGUU